AUGGAGAAGAGCUGGCAAUCGAUCGCAGCUCGGAAGCAAGCAGAGAGAGCCUCUCGAAUUCCGCUCGAAUGGCGCGUGAAAGCCGCCGUUGCUGGCGACAACGAGGACAUACUUGCUCUGCCGCGCAAGUGCGGUAUUCUCACCGAUCGGGAGCUGAGCAUCACUGAGAGUUACGACGCUACUGAUCUACGGGACGAGCUCGCCAAGGGCAGCCUGAAAGCUGAAGAUGUUGCCAGGGCAUUCGCGAAACGCGCAGCAGUCUGCCAACAGGCCGUCAACUGCUUAACCGAGAUCCUCUUCGAGGAUGCACUGGUGCGAGCGCGAGAGCUGGACGCACACUUUCAGAAGACGGGCAAGCCUAUCGGACCGCUGCAUGGGCUCCCGAUCUCUCUGAAGGACACGUUCAAGAUCAAGGGAUACGAUGCGUCCAUUGGAAUCGCAGACCUGUGCUUCCAGCCCGCGCACACCAACUCCGCCCUCGUGGAUCUCCUGAUCUCCCAGGGAGCGGUACUGUACUGCAAGACCAACGUCCCGCAGACGAUGAUGGCGCUUGACUCGCAUAACAACGUCUUCGGCCGGACCAUCAACCCCGGAAACACGAAACUCACGGCCGGUGGCAGCUCGGGAGGAGAGUGCGCUCUGAUCGCGAUGCGUGGUUCUAUCCUGGGUAUUGGCACCGACGUAGGGGGAAGUAUCCGAGUUCCUGCAGCCUGUAACGGCCUCUAUGGAGGUGAGUGGAAUACUGUUUUUCCUGCUUCCGGGGGCCACAAUGCAGCCGUCUUUGAUCGAGAGGCGCGGAUUCCGCCAGCUCGAGCACCAGUGACGGGGAUUGAGAGGGAAUUUGAUUAGGCGAAGUCUAACAAGUAUGCAGUCAAACCUUCUCAUGGGCGCGUUCCGUUUGCUGGGCAAGAGGGCGGUGUGAAGGCAGGAAGCAGGUACGUACCCUAUCGAUAUUCUAGCUCCAUAGGCUUGGAGGAGCACAACAUCUGCUUGGCUACCCCAUCACAUCAACGAGGAAAAGACCUUGCCGUGCUUGUCGCCUGCGAGAAAAGGCCGUUGGCCCCCCGAAGAUUCCGAAAAUAGCCCUCGUUGCGUUGCGUUGCAUGAUGAGCAGGUCCAAACCGCCCGAAGACAAAGCUUCGACGACUGACUGACAAACCCAACCGUCGAGCAGCAAGCUGGGUAUCGAACCUACGGCAGGCCCGAUAGCCACGUCCGCGCGCGACUGCGCACUGCUACUCCAAGUCAUCAGCGACGGGGUGGCAGCAGAGCGCGCCUUUGACGAUCCGGACGUGAUCGGGCAGCGCUGGGCCCAGCAGCUCCCACUCCCCAAUACGAGCUCAAAGCCACUCCGAGCCGGCAUCAUCCGCACCGACGGACAUGUGCAGCCUCUACCGCCAAUAAUCCGACUGAUGGACGAUGUGGCACACACGCUGCGCAGCAGCAGCAGCAGCCGCCGUACCUCUGCCUCCACCAUCCCCCCCGUCCAAGUCGUCGAUGUCACGCCCCUCGCCUCCCCCAUCCUCGCGCGCGCGCUCAAGGUCUUCAACGGCCUCACGACCCUCGACGGCGCCAACGACUGGUUCGACCUGCUCGACAAGACCCACGAACCGCUGAGUCCCUGGCUACAGGGCCGCCUGCGCCGCCGCGCCCCGAAACCCCUCGCCCAAGCCCGCGCGCUCCACGCCCAGCGCCUCGAGCUGCAAUCCGCCUUUUUGCAAAUCUGGAACGCCGAACACCUCGACGUCCUGCUCUUGCCCGUCGCCCCGCAUCCCAUCGCCCCCAUCGACCGCUGGAAUUCCGCCAACUACACCGCCGCGCUCAAUUUGCUCGAUCUCCCCGCGGGCGUCCUGCCCGUUCGCGCGUGCACGCGUCUCGACCUCCGCGACGAGCUUCUUCCACCCGACGACAGCAGUACGCCUCCUCUCAAUGGAUGGGACAAGAUCAACCGCGAGCUAUGGACGACCGUCGACCGCUCCGUCUACCUCGACAGUCCGCUCAGCGUGCAGGUGAUCACGCCGCGCCUGACGGAGAGGAAACUCGUCGAAGCGAUGGGAAUUCUCGACGAAGCUUUGCGGCCUCUAAAAAAGAAAAAGAAGGAGGAGAACAAUGACUCAACCGCUAGGACCCCAAAAUUGUAG